GUCCGUUUGAGUUUGUCAAAAUCCGACCCCCUUAAACCUUAAAAUUUCCGUAGAGAUUGCAGCCAACACAUAAUUUGUUAUAAAUAAGAAAGAAAUUGUAUCCAGGAAAUGAAAGAGAUGAUGGGGCCUGUGGAUUGGGACCAGAAGAUGUGUUGAGUAAACCAGAUCAGAUUUCCAUAUUUCCUCCCCUUAUCUUCUUCUUUUCCUGCCCAACAUCCACUUUUACCAUUUUCACCCUCCAUACAGUAGACUGACUGUUGAUUGGAGGUGUUUCCCAGAGGUGUGGUGGGCUAAAAAGAAAGAAAAAGGAGGAAGAUGACAUGCAUUUGUUGCAGCUCGGUUUCACCAAUCCCUGCUAAAUUGAACGUGACUUCUCUCUCUAAUCACAAGCCCAGAUUCUUUUGCUCUCUUGGAGGAGCUGUUGCCGAGCCUAAAACUGUAAAUGCUACUGAGCCAUUGCUGCUCAAUGCCGCCCGAGGGAAAGAAGUUGAGAGACCCCCAGUUUGGCUUAUGAGACAAGCAGGGAGUACUGAAUAUAAGAACACUUUGUUCAACUCAACUUGUAAACAUUACAGUUAUCAAAUCCUCUGCGAGAAGUACCCAUCUUUCCGUGAAAGAUCAGAAAAUGUUGAUCUUGUGGUGGAAAUUUCUCUUCAGCCUUGGGAAGUGUUUAAACCGGAUGGCGUCAUAUUGUUCUCUGAUAUUCUGACCCCUCUGUCUGGCAUGAACAUACCUUUUGACAUUGUCAAAGGUAAGGGUCCUGUCAUAUUUGACCCGAUAAGGACAGCUGGCGAUGUUGAGAAAGUUAGAGAAUUCGCUCCCGAUGAGUCAGUACCAUAUGUUGGGGAAGCUCUUACAAUCUUGCGCAAAGAGGUAAACAAUGAAGCAGCAUUACUUGGUUUUGUUGGAGCUCCUUUUACCCUGGCUUCUUAUGUGGUUGAAGGAGGUUCCUCAAAGCACUUUUCGAAAAUAAAGAGACUAGCAUUCUCAGAGCCCAAGGUCCUUCACGCCCUACUCCAAAGAUUUGCGACCUCCAUGGCCCGAUACAUAAAGUACCAGGCUGACAAGGGAGCCCAGGCUGUCCAGAUCUUCGACUCGUGGGCCACUGAGCUGAGCCCGGUGGAUUUCGAGGAGUUCAGCCUUCCCUAUUUGAAACAAAUUGUUGACACGGUAAAGCAGACCCACCCUAGUCUCCCGCUCAUACUGUAUGCGAGCGGAUCAGGCGGACUGAUUGAGAGGCUUCCACUGACGGGUGUUGACGUGGUCAGCCUGGACUGGACAGUGGACAUGGCCGAGGGCCGCAAGAGGCUUGGCCCAGAUGUGGCAGUGCAAGGGAAUGUGGACCCAGGCGUCCUCUUUGGGUCCAAGGAGUUUAUUACCCAGAGGAUUAAGGAUACUGUGAGGAAAGCAGGUAAAGGUAGACAUAUCUUGAACCUCGGCCAUGGGAUUGUCGUGGGCACGCCCGAAGAGAAUGUUGCCCAUUUUUUUGAGGUUGCUAAAGGGCUUAGGUACUAGAUUAAUAUUGU